AUGGACUUCAAGUCUCGCCGGGCAAGGAGUACCUACUCUAUCUUUGCCAUCCUCUCUGUAUUGUCCACCCUCCAACAGCCCACAAGUGCUCUCUCACUGAGCGACUUUAACUUUUUGAGCCCCCGAAAUAUCGCCAGUUCGCGCUAUUCAACAUCUGGCCGUAGCCUUAAUAAGCUGGGCCGACGAGCUGAUAAUGAUGGAGGGUACGACGAUCCCAGGGCUGACGGCGGCUCACUCCUUACCUCUGGUUUUGUAACUUAUCCUGCCGGAUUGGGAGAACCAUUGAAUGUCAUUCUCAGCGCGAAAAGUGAUAGCGACGUGCUUGUUGACAGGGAGGAGAAGGGCGGUCUACGCAACUUCUUUCUCUCUAUAAACUUUUCAGGAGAGUGCCUGGGUCAGCAUCUGGGUUCUGAUCAACAAGCGAACCUUGGAGACGGUCGCGGCGCCGUAAACGAAACAGCUGUAAUGCGAUAUAACUACGGAGACCCGUAUGUUGGCUCGUGUCGCGAGACUAUUGAGGGUGGAAACCACUUUCGGUACUGGGUCCAAAAGUCCACCGGCGCCGUGUUCAUGGCAAACGGAUAUAACCUUGGGCGAGAUUGGAUAGUCGGCAACUUGACCGGGAGCACCGUUAUAUCUUUCGACUUUGAGCCCAACAUUCCUCCCUCGUCAGUCAUCCCAGAAUCAGUCAAAUCCCAAUCGGCUGCGUCGGUCGCCGCGACCAACACCGUUCCCCCAACAUCGUUUUCUCCUAACAUCACCUUCCCUCUUUCGACCAUCGUUCCGACUGAUACAGCUUCCACUCCGGUUGUUGUUGCCUUGUCCGAGUCGGUGGUUAGUACGGGUACCAUUACCAUCCCUAUCCCCACCGCCUCCUUGACUUUCUCCACUCCGACUCCUACACCGAGUCCUGUUGGUACCAGUCCCACAUUCACUGGUCGAUCUAGUUAUGGAGGCUAUACCUAUGAGACCACCGCCACCUAUGUAUCCGGUCUACUCUCCAACUCGUCUGAAGGAAUAAACCAUCCGAUCACUGUAGAAGAUGAGGGACGCCCUGCUCAGGAUGGGCUUGUGGCCAUUUUGGAGGUCAAGAUUGUUUCAACGCCCGAAGGGAGCGGUGCUCUGUUCAAUGCACCACUACCCGCGGUUUUUGUCACGUUGAUAGCUGGCUUGCUUUCGCUUUCGUUUACAUGA